AUGGCCAGCUACUCGUUCCCGCUCCUCAAGCCGCGCGAGAUCUUCGCGUGUCUACGGGAGAUGCGCGUCCUCGUGUCCGAGGACGAGAUCCGUGCGUGUGACCCAAGUGCCGUGCGCAAGAUCCUCGAGGUGUUCAUUGAGAGCACUAUGGGCGUAUUGCGCGAGGACAUGACGCAGAUCGCAUUCCCGGGUCUGCCUACCUUGAGCUAUCCCGAGAUCCACUCGGAGUCCAUCCCCGAACUCACGUUCUACCGCACGGCUCAGCAUCUGUUAGCUGCCUGUGGCGUGCACGACUUUGGCCUGCGUGACGUGCUGCAUCCGACGCCGAAGCGCGUGCGGCGGCAGCUCAGUGCACUCAUUAACUUUGCCAAGUUCCGUGAAGAGCGUCUUGUGGUUUUUAGCGACAUUGCGGGAAGAACGGACGAGCUGCUGGCAAUGAAGAAGACGCUGCGCGAGGAGAAGGCAGCGCUGCAGCGAGAACUGGGGCAGCUGCUUGAAGAACAAAAGGCCGAGGAACCGGCGCGGCUGGAGUUGCAGACGGAGGUGGCUGAGCUGCAGAAGGAGAUUGACAAAUUUAAUCGACAGCAGGCAGUGCUGCGUCACGACAAGGACGAGAAACGGGACUUGCGCAAGAAGUUGGAAGACACUGUAGCAUCCGCGAGGUUUAACAAGGUCGAGAUGGAGGAGGAGAUCGAGCGGUUGAAGGCGCUGAUUGUGACGUCACCUGAUCGAGUGAAAGGAGAGUUGACGACUAUUGCUGAGGCGCUGGAGAAAGCCAAGGACGACGUGCUCGAGCUCGAAGAAAAACGAGGCGCUGUGCUGGGAUUCAUUGAUGUGUAUGAGCGAGCGGAGAAGGAGCUGGCGAGGACGUUUACACUGCUGGGUGAGAUUGAACAAGAGAUAGAAGCAUGCAAGCAAGUCAAACAUCAGGUGAAGAACGCCCGCAAACGUAUUCGUGAGCUCCAGGUUCGCAUUGCCGAAACGACCACUCGUCGCCAGCGGCUGGAAAAACUCAUUGAGCUCAAGAAGCGAGAUCUCUGGAAGUAUAUCGAGGAGGCGCGAGUGACGGAAGAAGCUGCUUCGAAAGCCCUCCAAACUGCUCGGGAAGAGCUACACAAACUCGAGUCGGCGCAUUUGGACGUUCGCCAGCGCAUUGCUCAGAACACAGAUUCUAGUCGCAAAGUGGAGCUCAAGAUGAGAGAGGAGGAAGUCCAGUACCAGAAAGAGCUGAAGAGCCUGGAGCAGAUGUACGCGCGUCUUCAGCAAGCUGCGGAAGACUAUAAUCAGCAAAUUCUCGAGGCACUCCACUUAAGUCCUUAG